UGUGUCGAACAAACAACCGAUAAGCGUUUUAUAAACAGUACCAUUUUAUUUGCAAUCGGUUUCAGUAUUUUCUUUGAGCACUAUAGUGAUAUUUUUACACUUAAAACGUAAAAACCUAGAGCAUUAUCAGUACACAAUAUUUUAUUGGUAAAAUACCUACAUAAAAUAUAUGUUUUGCAGUUUCAAUUUGAUGAAGUGUCAUAUUAUUAAAUACUCAUUGUUUUGGCUUAUGUAUGUGUCCGUGUGUGUGCGCGUUUUUUUACCAUACAUUUGUGUUUCAGACCUAAACGAGUUGAAGUGUAGUGCUAUUGAAAAUAGCGAAGAUUAGAUUUUUUUACCGUUGUUUAGUUUUUUAGUGAAAAUGUUUAAUAGUAUGUAUUCGUUAUACGAACAUCAGUUGUCAUGUAGACAUUCUGAUGUUGGCUACACUGCUUUGCAGAACGGAAACGGUGUGAACGUUGAAGGCGCGACCCACAAGCAAGUGGUUGACCUGAUCAAGUCCGGAGGCGACUGUCUCACUCUUACAGUCAUCUCUGUCACACCAAAGGAGGCCGAACGCCUAGAGCCAUGCGACGACGGCUCAGCGCCGGUCGGCGUGAUCGGCGGCGCCGCCAACUCCCGUGCGACCGUCUACCAACGCUACGACUACACCGACAAACGCUCGCUACCCGUCUCCAUACCCGACUACAGGGUGGUGAUGGAGCGCAACAGCGGACGAUCGUACGUCGCGUUCAACGUGCACAUGGCGGGGAGGCAUCUCUGCAGCCGCCGUUACAGGGAGUUCGCUGUUUUGCACCAGCUGUUGAGAAAAGAGUUUCUAGGGUUCAAUUUUCCGAAGCUGCCGGGCAAGUGGCCGUUCACACUGAGCGAGCAACAGCUGGACGGGAGACGGAGAGGACUCGAACAGUAUCUUGAAAAAGUGUGCGCAGUACGAGUGAUAGCAGAAUCAGACGCAGUGCAGGAGUUUCUCACAGACUCAGACGACUCUUCCAACCCAUCGCCAGUCGACCUAAAGGUGCUCCUUCCCGACAAAGAAGUAGUAACCGUCUCUGUUCUGAAAUCCACCAACGCCGAUGACGUAUACCGGGCGGUUUGCGAGAAGAUCGGACUAUCCAAGUCCGUGCAAAAGUACUUCUACCUGUUCGAAAUCGUCGAGUACAACUUUGAACGCAAACUCCAACCGAACGAAUGCCCCCACUCCCUCUACAUACAGAAUUAUUCGACGGCAUCAUCAUCGUGUCUCGCUGUUCGCCGCUGGCUGUGGAACCCGCGGCGCGAGGCCGCCGUGUGUGCUGAUUCGGCCGCGAGAGCAUUCAUAUUUUGGCAGGCCGUAGAAGACGUGAACCGCGGCUCAUGCGUCGCAGGUGCACGUCUCUACCAGUUGAAGGCGCUACAGGACGUGCGCCGCGCCGCCGACUACCUCGCGCUCGCUCGCACGCUGCCCGGCUACGGCGACAUCGCCUUCCCUCCGCUGCGCACCGACGCCUGUCUCACUCCCACACUCAAUGUUACUGUCGGCUGGAACGGUCUAAAGCUCACAGCGUGCACGGAAGGCAACGCACAGACCGCCGAAGUACCGUGGAGAUCCGUGAGGGAGUGGCGAGCCGACGACGACGCGGCCGCAGCAAGAAUCACAUAUUCCACACACGAUCAUACGAGGACUAUCGCUCUGUUCACGCCAUAUUACCAGUUCCUGUGUAAUUGCUUGGACAGAAUAGCCGAGGAGAUGAGCUGGGUCGACACAGGCGACUAAGGAACCCUCAGCGCGCGAGCAUAGCUAGUAAGACCGUAUUACGCCAUCAAAACUCCCAAAUUGGUAGAAAACUACUGGCAACAUUACCAACACAACUGGAGACAAAGGAACUCUCGGUGCGCGAGCUUACCUAUAAGACCGUAUUACGCCAUCAAAACUCCCAAAUUGGUAGAAAACAUCUACUGGCAACAUCGCCAACUCAAAAACAAUUCAACCUGGAUAUACAAAAUGGGGCAAAGACGAGAGGAAUAAGAGAGUAUUAUGCUGUAAUAAACUACCGAAUUAGUAGAAAAUACUGGCAACAUUCAGAAUCCACACUGAAGUUAGCAGUGAGGCCGUAUUAUGUCGUGCCAAACUAUAGUAUGAAUUUUAUGAGAUGAUUUUUUCGGCUCGAGCCCUAAUCUGUUAAACAAAAACCUUUGUUGGUUUUAUGAUGAGGCAUCUUAAGCGCGUGCCAAAGCAAUAAAAAAAAGCAAAGUGAUAGUAUUAAGGUUCAAAUUUAUGUAACAGCUCAUUCUGUGAUAAGGAGUUUAGGUAACUUAAGACGAUCCUGUGUGUGGGGCCUGUGUGUGACCUGUCAGGUAACAGAAUGAGCUGUUACAUGAAUAUGAACCAUAUAAAUAGGACGGUAAAAUUGCUUUUUAAACAAGUUCGUUCCCGUUCACUCAGCAGCGGCAGCAUUGGUAACCGCUGCAUAAAAAAAAAGAAAAGGCAUUUGUUAAACAGAUUAGGGCCCGCGCCCAAAAAAUCAUUUCAUAAAAUUCAUACUAUUACUACUUACGACAGUAUCUCGCGUGCAUGAUAAACUACCCAUCCCUUUUUAAUUAAUUAAUACAGUUAGAGAAGCAGGGGGUUACUAAAACAGCGCGGAAUUAUUAUUACGUUAUCAAGUCUGUCACAAGUCUAAUUGCAAUCGAUGGACCUUAUGUUACGUUUGGGUGGUAACUACGUUGCCAAAUCGUUUGAAAAUUUGGGACAAGUAAUGAAAAUUUUAUCAAUGUUGCCAGUGCAAAAAAACUACCAGAACGCGAAUCGUAGAACGUUAUUAUUAUCAUUAUUAUAAAAUAUACUAAUGUUAAUAUAAUACGUUUAUUUAUCUUGAUAGUUAAAAUAUUUAGGUAAUGUUACUCUAUGCAAUUACUCGGAGCGUUAAGUAUUUCUUUAUAUAUGGUACUAUUACUAUUAAAUAUGGCAGGUCAUUGAUCAAUAUGAAUUUUUUAUUUUAGUGAUGGUACCAUAUAUGUUUAUGUAAGGUAUUCUAUGAAAUAUAUGAGAAUUAGUAGGUACAGUUGGACACAUUUUACUAAUCCUUAUAGCAUCUUUUGCCGUUUUUUUCGUAAGAUUAUGAUAUAAUUUUGUGGAUAGACAGAGUUCCCUAUUACAAUGUACAGAUAAAUUAUAAGCGCAAUUUCAUUGUAUGUCCUUAAAAAUCUUCCAUCCAUAAUGAGGAACUCUUCAAACUUACCAAAUUUUACCAAAAUCUGUCGAAAAGAAAUCGACAAUCAAAUAAAAUAGGCCCUUUUACGACUUGGGAACUCAUUUCAAUACAAUUUUCAAGUGGUAGCUUGCACAUUGUAUUGAAAUGACAAUAGGGAGUAUUACUGCAAUGUUCUGCCGCCAGAGUGCAGCACUAGCACAUACCGUGAACCAUAGAAAAACUUAUA